AUGGCUCGCACCAUCAAAAAGGCCAGGUCGAAGAGGACCAAGGGAUCCAGGAAAGGCGAGGCCUCGUCGUCGUCUUCUACCAACACAGCGGUGGCUUCUGGCCCGGCUCAGGUGUGGCAACCAGGUGUUGAUGCGCUGGAAGAGGGGGAGGAGCUCCAGUUUGACCCGGAGGCUUACAAUUAUCUCAGAGGAUUUAGCAUUGGGUGGCCUUGCCUGAGCUUUGAUGUUCUGCGCGAUCAACUCGGGCUUGUGCGGUCGGAGUUCCCACAUACGUUAUACGGCAUUGCUGGAACUCAGUCCGAGAAGGCUUCAUGGAAUUAUGCUGGUAUUUUUAAGCUUUCCAACAUAAAGCGCAAGAAACGGGAACCAAUACCAUCUUCAGCUCUUGAUGGUGAUGAUGAUAUGGAUAGUGACAGCAGCAGCGACGAAGAUGAUGAAGAAAUCAAUGAAGAUGCAGAGCCCAUUUUGCAUUUACAAAAGGUGGCUCACGAGGGGUCGAUAAACCGAAUACGCUCAAUGAAUCAAAAGCCGGAAAUAUGUGCUACAUGGGGAGACACAGGUCAUGUUCAGGUGUGGGACUUCAGCUCCUUCAUUGCUUCAUUAGAAGACCCAGGAACAGUUACACAUAAAGAUAACGGCAUUAUCCACAAUCAUGUACCUCUAAAAGUAUUUAGCGGCCACAAAGAUGAAGGCUAUGCUAUUGAUUGGAGUCCAAAUGUUACUGGAAGACUAGUUUCUGGCGAUUGCAAUAAGUGCAUUCACCUUUGGGAGCCGACUUCAAGCGAUUGGAGUGUAGACGCCAAGCCAUUUGUUGGACACUCUGCAAGCGUUGAAGAUCUGCAGUGGAAUCCCACAGAAGAAAAUAUGUUUGCCUCUUGUUCCGUGGAUGGGACGAUAGCUAUAUGGGAUAUACGUAUAGGGAGGAACCCUUGUUAUGCUCCUGUUAAGGUUCACAAUUCUGACGUGAAUGUGAUCUCAUGGAAUUCGCUUGCAGGUUCUCUUAUAGCAUCAGGUUGUGAUGAUGGCAGUAUCUCAGUCCAUGAUAUUAGAGCAAUCGAGCCUGGUAAGUCCUUGGUAGCACAUUUUGCGUACCACAAGCACCCGAUUACGUCUGUGGAAUGGAGUCCAUAUGAAGCAUCAACUUUGGCCGUAUCAUCUGCCGACAAUCAACUGACGAUUUGGGAUCUUUCGUUGGAAAGGGACGCAGAAGAGGAGGCCGAAUUCAAAGCCAAGAUGAAAGAACAAGCAAAUGCACCCCGAGAUUUGCCCCCACAACUUCUCUUUGUUCAUCAGGGCCAGAAAGAUUUGAAGGAAUUGCACUGGCAUCCACAGAUACCUGGGAUGAUCAUAUCCACAGCAGCCGAUGGCUUCAACGUGUUGAUGCCUAGCAACAUUGACGCAACCAUUCCAUCGGCCGGGGCAUCGAUUCCUAUGCGUAUGUGAGCAGCCGGUCACCUGACUCCAGGUGAAUAAAUUCGUGAACUGAUGAAACUACGAGACGACAGUGCGAAUUCUCAGUUUUCGCUAGUGGUACCACGUAGUAUAUGGCUUUCUCAUAUUAUUUUUAUACCAGGAGUUUCAGUUCUGCAUAAGAUGUUAUUGCCCUUUUGCUUGAAGAUAAUCAAGCAACAUUUACAAUGUGCUGCGCUACAUAGAAGAUAUAACAGUGUAU